AGGAAAAGGAGAAAGAGAUUGCUUUUGGCAGACUGGGUACAACGACAGCGGCGACUUCAGAUGGGCAGGGGAGGAGUGCACCUGGACCUGUACUAUUGUCAGAGCAGACAGGGCAUGUCGGCCACAGCAAUCAUGGCGCUGUCCAUGGCACUGUUCCUGAUGGUGAACCUGACGAAGAACCACUCGGACGUCUUCAUGUACGUCCGCUACAUCAGCUUCACCUAUUCCCUGAUGGGCGUGUACCUGGCCUGCCAGGGCCUCUUCAGCAGUCUCGACAGCUCGAUCACCGUCUUUUCGGUGACCUACUACGGAUGCGGCUGCUUCUUGUUCCUCAGCGCAGGUUUCCUGAUUUUCAGCCAUGGCCACACCGAAGCCCUGGGUAUCAUCAGCGCUCUCUUCAGCAUUGUCCUCGGACUCCUGAUGGCCAUCUACAUGAUGUUCGGCUCCAAGAUGUAGCACGGCCUCGCCGCGAUAAAUAAAUACCUGCCGUGCUCGUCUAAAUGGAUGCGGCGCCAACAACUCGUUCGACCUUGUUCGGAAACGAUUGAUGGAUGAAAAUCAUCGAAGAGUUGCGAAAGAAAAAGAAACGCGAUAAGAGGGAAAUUUCUUUAUUUCAUUUAAUUUUAUUUCCUUAAUGGGCCGAGGCACUCCAUUGAGAGCACCGCAUGAGGGGGGAAUAUCAUAUUAUCGCAAUAAAGGAACACGGAAACACUUCCGAGAGCAAAAGUAUGGCAGUAGUAAUGACAUUACUGUAAUAAAAUUAGAGUAAUUACAUUUUCGUGGUAAUGGGUAAUGAAUUACUUUCUUGGACGGG